AUGAGGAAAAUGAAGAAGAUACAGACUCAUGGGAUGAAGAAGACAACAUCCCACUUAGCCUUUUACAAACAUCUUCUAGUAAAAAAUAUGUAUGGGAAAAAAGGAUCUGCAAUAGAGUGGCAACCAAUGCAAAAGGCAAAUGCAAAUUUUUCUCCAACGGAACUAUUUUUUCAAAUGUUUGAUGAAGAUAUAAAUAUGUUUGUAACCUAUAGCAAUAUGUAUGCUGCAAAGAAAAAUGAACCCGGAAAUAUAACACACUCUGAAAUGAAAGCAUUUUUUGGAGUAUUGUUGCCAAGUGAAUAUGUGUCUCUUCCAAGGAGGUGUAUGUUUUGGGAAAAAAGUGGCGAUACAAGGAACGAAGUAAUAGCAAAUGCAUUAGCUAGAGAUAGGUUUGAGUUUUUCAUGUCAAAUCUUCAUUGCUGCGAUAAUGACAAUUUGGAUAUAAAUGACAGGUAUGCUAAAGUUAGGCCAUUUUUUGAUAGACUGAAUCAAAAUUUCCAAAGAUUCGCGCCUUAUUCUGAGACUCACAGUGUGGAUGAAUCCAUGGUUCCCUAUUUUGGGAAUUAUGGAUGUAAGCAAUUCAUCAAGAAUAAACCAAUUCGCUAUGGUUACAAGGUUUGGAUGGGUGCCACAAGUAGCGGCUACUGUGUGUGGAUUGAGCCUUAUCAAGGAGCCAAAACAAAGCUGAAAGAACGAUACAAAUCGUUUGGUUUAGGUCCAUCCGUUAUUUUAGAAUAUGCCGACAUACUCAAGAUGCUUGGAAGUUUUCCGUACCAUAUAUUUUUUGAUAAUUUUUUUACAACGGCCCCACUCUUGGAUCAACUGCAAAAGGACAAUGUAAGAGCUACAGAAACUAUCCGGGAAAACAGGAUGUCAAAGUGUCCAAUAUUAUCAAAAAACGAAAUAAAGAAAAAAAAGAGAGGAGAAUAUGAUUUUAGAUCUACUCAGAACAAAGUAGUUAUUGUCAAAUGGCAUGAUAACAAUGCAGUAAAUGUUGCUUCCAAUACUUUAUCGGUGGAGCAAUUACACCAAGUAUCACGGUUUUCCCAAAAAGAUAAGAAAAGGAUCACUGUAGAUCUACCACACCCGUUAUAUAUUUAUAAUAAGUUUAUGGGAAGAGUAGAUCAUUGCGACCAGAAUGUAAGCCUCUACUGA